GCAUGAUUCCGCCAUCACGUGAUGGAGCGAAGGAUCAAUAAUGUUCAGACUAAACCCGAUUUACGUGAGCCAUGCUUCGUAUCUCUAGGCAGCCACCAUCCAGUGUGUUCAGAAAGGAAUAUACAUAUAGCAGAGAUUGGCCAUCAAAUAAGCUUUCAGCCUUGAACAGAAUGCUUGACUUUGACUUCCACCUCACGACACCUCGUCUCUUCAUAUCGCACCUCAGUCCUACGAACGAUGCUCAUUACGAUUUCGUAUACGAGCUAGUGUUCAGUCCAGGUCUCGUUGAGCAGAAGCCCGCAGUCGACGCGGAGAAGGCAGAGAGCGCGACCCCUCGCGAUGUUGGGAGGAAGUUCAUCGCGAAGGACGUUGAAAGGAUGGAGACAACAGGCUAUGGUCGCUACCUGGUCUCGCUGAGACAAAACUCAGCUUUACACAUCAAUUCACCGCACGAAGACGAGGACGUCCCUUUCUCAAAGAGACGACUAACGCCAAUUGGCAUCGUCUCAAUGCAACUCGCACGCUUCCCGUCCGAACCGUCCGCGCCAACAAUCCCAGACGUCGGGUUCAGCUUCCUACCCCGGUACCUCGGAAACGGGUACGCUACUGAAGCUGCAGCGGGUUUGAUUGAGUACUUCACAGACGUGAAAGGACACAAGGAGUUCUGCGGUUUUUGUAAACCGGAAAACACGGCAAGCGCAAAUGUUUUGAAGAGGUUGGGGUUCGAGGAGAGAGGUCUUAGGGAGGUGGACGGGGUUGUCGAGGGAGAGAUAUUGAGCGCAUUGGUAUGGACGAUAGGCGUUGGACACGAGAAGGGUGCACUUGAGAAGCGAGGCUUGCAGCGCGUUGAAAAGCGUUCAUGGAAGUUGUGGCGUUGAAGCUAUUGGUUAGGUGUAUACGUCACAUAUCUCUUCGUGAGAUCGUUAGCCAAGAAAACACUGCUAUACAUCAUGA